AUGGGGCAGACCAAUGUAACCUCCUGGAGUGAUUUUGUCUUCCUGGGCUUCUCCAGUUUUGGGAGGUUGCAACUCCCGCUCUUUGCCUUGUUCCUCUCUCUGUAUCUCGUCACCCUGACCAGCAAUGUCUUCAUUAUCAUAGUCAUCAGGCUGGAUAGCCAUCUGCACACACCCAUGUACCUCUUCCUUUCCUUCCUAUCUUUCUCCGAGACCUGCUACACUUUGGGCAUCAUCCCUAGGAUGCUCUCCGGCCUGGCUAUGGGGGACCAGGCUAUCUCCUAUGUGGGCUGUGCCGCCCAGAUGUUCUUCUCUGCCUCGUGGGCCUGUACUAACUGCUUCCUUCUGGCUGCCAUGGGCUUUGACAGAUAUGUAGCCAUCUGUGCCCCACUGUACUAUGCCAGCCGCAUGACUCCCACCCACUGUGCCCAGCUAGUUGGCACCUCCUUCCUGACUGGAUACUUCUUUGGACUGGGAAUGACACUGGUUAUUUUCCACCUCUCAUUCUGCAGCUCCCAUGAGAUCCAGCACUUUUUUUGUGAUACGCCACCAGUGCUGAGCCUAGCCUGUGGGGAUACAGGCCUGAGUGAGCUGGGAAUCCUCAUCCUUAGUCUUCUGGUUCUCUUGGUCUCCUUCUUCUUCAUCACCAUCUCCUACGCCUACAUCUUGGUGGCAAUACUGAAUAUCCCCUCUGCUGAGGGGCAGAAGAAGGCCUUCUCCACUUGUGCCUCACACCUCACAGUGGUCAUUAUUCACUAUGGCUGUGCCUCCUUCAUGUACUUGAGGCCCAAAGCCAGCUACUCUCUUGAGAGAGACCAGCUUAUUGCCGUGACCUAUACUGUUGUGACCCCUCUCCUCAACCCCGUUGUUUAUAGUCUAAGGAAUAGGGCUGUACAGACAGCUCUGAGGAAUGUUUUCAGAGGGAGAUUGCUGGGUAAAGGAUGA